UGAGGCUGUGCGCGUGAGGGAGUGCCGACCCGCGCUGCCACUCGCUCCACCACGCUCUCGCUCCCGCCAACAACACUUUCGUCCCUGCAGGUGUGUCUCUCCCGCAUAACACCUGUCAGCCGUCACGGAGGCGAUUCAAAGUUGUGUGACGGAAGUGACGCCCCCCUCCCCCCCUCUCCAGCACGAGGGACGCCACUAUACAUCAACGCUGCGACGGCCGAUCAGUACCUAGGCUGUGGUGUAUGGUAGAGGAGAGAGAAAGAGAAAAUUAAGGAGAAACAAGGGAGAAGCAGAGAGAAACGAAGGGAAAAAAAGGAGAGUUUAGUGUUGUGUGAGUCUGUGUAAGUGUUCGUAAUUCUUUGGACAGACAAGUGGCUCGAAUUUCAAAAGAGUGAUAUGACCAUGAUACGCCUCGAGGGAAAAUAGGUCCUUUCUCAAACCGCUGUGAAGUACUUUUGCUGAGCUCCGUCGCCCCCUCGCCGCCGCCAUAGGUCUCCUGGGCCUGACGGUGUUCACUCGAUGGACACCGUCAAAGGCAAACUCCCGCUCUUCCUCUUCCUCCUCCUCCUCUUCCUCUUCUUCCACCUCAAAAUCCCUCAAAACGAUGUCUCUACAUCGGUCCUCCUCCACGUCUUCCUUCUCGAGCUCCUCCUCGACGCUGCUCCUCCACCCGUUGGACAUUCACUUCCUGGCCGAGCCAUACGGGCCGCCGCCCCCGCCCGGACCCGCGCAGCCCGAGCCCUUCCAGAUGGGUCCUCCUGAAGGCCCCCCGCCCGCCAUCGUCUCCUCCCCCGCCUACAUCACCACUUCAUUCUCGGCCAGGAUCCUCGAGGGGCAGUCCUCGCCCGUAGGAGGAGCCGCGGAGGACGUGGGGGACCCCGCCGUGGGGGGGCUGGCGCAGUACAAAGCGAUGUCCCUGUCGACAGCGCCCGCAAUGCCCGCCAUGCCCACCAGCCUGCCCACCACGCCCACCUCCCAAGUACCCAUGAAAACGAGUAACCUUCCCAAAGUACAGGUUUGCGGGCGGGCGGGCGUGUGGUGGGCGCUGAAUGCGGGCGUUUUGCUGCUCUAUCGCGACAUGCACGCCCGCGGACAGUGUUCCUGCGUGAGGGCGGAGGUCGUUCCACUUCACAAGGUGCCCGGUCCACUCCAGGCGGCGAUGGUGCUGGAACAGGAGGACUUCUCCGAGACCCACGCCCUUCUGCCAGCAUUCCAAGAGGUUAGGUGGAAUGUCCCUGGAGACUCGAGCCGGUCAACGAGCCGGGGCUACGACCGCCUCACAGCCGCAGAAGAGGACGCCAACGGCAACAGCAGCCCCGCCCCCCGCCACAGAGCUCAGCCCACCUCCACCAACACCACCACGCCCACCUCGCCCACCAGCGAGAGCGCCGUGGAGCUGGCCACGCCCACUACCGACAUGGACGUGGCGUCGACGGGGUCCGCCUCCAUCGUGGAGUCGUCUUCGGACUACGACCACUACAUGAGUCAGUCGGAAUCCGAGGAAUCGGACGAUGACGACGACGAUGACGAGGCUCUGACCUGCAAUGUAUGCGACAGAGCCUUUCCAACGAGCAGAUUAUUGGCUUCACACCAGACUAGGAAGAGACACUAUGGAUGUUCAACGUGUGAGAACGUUUUCCCCACACUCAUGUCCCUCGAAGCACACAAAGAGGAAACCAACCACUGGUCCGACGACGACCUCUUCAUCGACGACGAAGACGACGACGACGACGACCUCGACGAGAUCUACGGUGACGUCCAGAACGAGGAGGAGAGAGAGAAACUGUUGUAGUCUCCCCUCGAUCGUCUGAAAUUAUCGUCCGUUUUCAUUUGUUGAUUUUUGUUCUGCAUUAUGCUAUUGUCUUCUCUUCUUGAUUUUUUCUUGCAAUGUCAUGAGGGAGGUAUUUUGUA